CGGCGGGGACACGGGCGGCGGGACCCCGGGCACAGCGGCCGGGCGGCAGCUCCGCUCCGCUGCGCGCAUUCCCGCGGGGAUCCGCUCUGGAGGUGGCGGAUCGCGGAGCUCUGCGGGAGGAGCCCCGGCCGCGGGGAUCGCCCUGCGGGUCCCUCCCGGGUGGCCCUUCCCGGGGGCGGCUGUGCCCAGCGGUGACAGACGAGUUCCUGGGAAACCGCGUUAGAUUCCAGGCUGUGCAGAUGCCAGCCCCCACCCCGCAGCCUGCCCAGCUCCGUGAGUAGCCUCAGUGGGGACCUGCUGCUGCUCUGAGGAAGAGCUGGGCUCGCCUCGUGCUGCUGGGUGAGAAAUUCUGCUGCGGGAGGAGGAGGAGGAGGGCGGCAGUGACACUCGAAGCCUGCUGGAAUCGCUGGCUGUUCUGGCAGAAAGCCCGCAGGAGCCUUCAGACUGGAAUUCUGCAGAGGGACAGUGCCACUGGAGGAAGUGGCAAAGCCCUGGCUGCAAAAAGAGCCUGAGUGGGAUCAUGUCUAAAAGCCAAUCCUCUCCUUCAGUGUUCCUUUAAGCUUCUGUGUCCUUCACUUCUUCUGGUUUUCCCUCUGCCCCAUCACAUCUGGAAAAAAGCUGGGAAGAGAUGCACUAAGGCAUCACCCAUCUCGGGAGGAAAGCUUGGAUCCUGCCUCGGCGGCUGCUGCAGCACAGGGCGCUGGAGAGGAGCAGAGCCUGAGGGAAUUGCUGCCGUUCCCAGCUCCUGCCGUGUCCCCUGCCCUCCCGUGCUCCGUGUCCCCUGGCCCCGGGCGCUGCUUGAUGGGGAUCUCUGCCGCAGGAGCAGGCUCUGCACUCCCGGGCGGGCGAGCAGGGCUGGCACAGCUCACCCCUAGAUGCUGGAAAGGCCGUGUGGAUAAGCUGCUGGCAGAAGAUCCCUCCUGGAGCAGCUGCUGGCUGUAGGCCCACGGAGCCAAGGGUCAGGAGAGCCUGUGGUGCAGCAUGACUUCCACGCUGGAGCAGAAGGAGAGCCCCCAGGCCAACGGGGCCGCGCUGCCCGUCGUGCCCGGGGACUGCCUGGCCAGCCCGGGCUGCACGGAGCCCACCGAGGAUUUCCUGGGGCCCGAGGGCACCCGGGUGGAAGUGGUGGUGCUGGAGUCGCGUGCCAACGCCAAAGGGGUGAGGGAGGAGGAUGCCCUGCUGGAAAAUGGCAGCCAGAGCAACGAGAGCGAUGACACCAGCACGGACCGGGGUCCUGAGCCCGCCUCGCCCCUCAAGGAGACCUCGUUUUCCAUCGGGCUGCAGGUCCUGUUCCCCUUCCUGCUGGCAGGCUUCGGCACGGUCGCUGCUGGGAUGGUGCUGGACAUCGUGCAGCACUGGGACGUCUUCAAACACGUGACUGAGGUGUUCAUCUUGGUUCCUGCUCUGCUGGGCCUGAAGGGGAACCUGGAGAUGACCCUGGCAUCCCGCCUGUCCACAGCUGCUAAUAUUGGCCAAAUGGAUACACCCAAAGAGCUCUGGAAGAUGAUUACAGGGAACAUGGCUCUGAUCCAGGUCCAGGCCACCGUGGUUGGCUUCCUGGCCUCCAUCGCAGCUGUGGUGUUCGGGUGGAUCCCAGAUGGGCACUUCAGCAUGGACCACGCUGUCCUGCUGUGUGCCAGCAGCGUGGCCACUGCCUUCAUUGCUUCCCUAGUCCUGGGCAUGAUUAUGAUUGGGGUGAUCAUCGGCUCCAGGAAGAUGGGGAUCAAUCCUGACAACGUGGCCACGCCGAUUGCUGCCAGCCUGGGGGACCUCAUCACCCUGGCUCUGCUGUCAGGGAUCAGCUGGGGCUUGUACAAGGAGCUGGAGAGCAAAGCCUUCGUGAACCCCUUGGUGUGCGCCUUCUUCCUGUCCCUGCUGCCCAUCUGGAUCAUCAUUGCCAGGAGGAAUUCUGCCACGCGGGAGGUGCUCUACUCGGGCUGGGAGCCCGUCAUCAUCGCCAUGGCCAUCAGCAGCGUCGGGGGGCUGAUUUUGGACAGGACGGUGUCGGAUCCCAACUUUGCUGGGAUGGCAGUUUUCACACCAGUCAUCAAUGGUGUGGGUGGCAACCUGGUGGCCGUGCAGGCCAGCCGCAUCUCCACCUACCUGCACAUGAGCGGGGAGCCUGGAGACAGCCCCGGGACAGCCCCUCGGAAGUGCCCCAGCCCCUGCAGCACCUUCUUCAGCUCAGACGUGAACUCCCGCUCUGCCCGCGUGCUCUUCCUCCUGGUGGUGCCCGGGCACUUGGUUUUCCUCUACACCAUCCACUCCAUGCAGGGGGGACACACCACGCUCACCCUCAUCUUCAUCGUGUUCUACAUGACAGCAGCACUGCUCCAGGUGCUGAUCCUGCUCUACAUCGCUGACUGGAUGGUGCACUGGAUGUGGGGCAGGCACCUGGAUCCCGACAACUUCUCCAUCCCGUACUUGACAGCUCUGGGGGACCUCAUUGGGACGGGGCUCCUGGCCCUCAGCUUCCACGUGCUCUGGCUCAUCGGUGACCGGGACUCCGAUGUUGGGGAUUAAAUCUCCCUGCUCCUCCCUUC